AUUGUGUUUGUAAAAAUUUUCAUUUCGUAAAUAAAUAAAAAUUUCAAAAUUGAUAAAAUUACUUUGGUUUUCGAAAAAAUGUAUUUUUCGAGUGAUUUUCCUCAAUCUCGUGCUUUUUAAAAGUACAUAGAUUCAUAGAACACUCUUCCCAAACACUGACAAUGGCUUGGUAAACGAACGCCAAUAAUUCUUCUUCGGGAAGAAAUUGGACUAGAUUUUCAUAUUGCGAUCGAUUUCAAUAUGAGAGAAUUACGUAAAGAUGUCGAGCCAACUUUGGAGUCACCUAAAGAAGAAUUAGUCGAUAAUAUCGACGAAAUUAAAAUCGAAGAAGUUCUUAUGGGCUUAAAAGGACUUAAACAAGAAGAAGUAUUCUCAUUUCUGGGCAAAAAUAAUUUUACGCCUGCCGAAACAGAGGAGUGGUUGAAAAUGAUGACUUCGGCCGGAUUUGGUAGCUACGAUCAACUCGCCAGCGUUGAUCCAGCUGACAUUGAACAACUUCAAUUAAAUUUCGAUGCUAACUUGGACGGAUUCCAAGGAUCAAACGGGCACGUCAUGCCAAACGGAAGCUUCAUACAGAAAAAUGCUUCUAUAACCAAAGUAACCGAUACCAAAAUGAAAAUCAGACCUGAUAUAGUUCCUACAAUUCAGAAAUCAUCGAUUUACCAAACCGCCGUCGACAACUUUUGCGAUUGGUCAGCUCGUAGAGAAAGAGCUGAUGGUAAUGCUCCGAUUAAAUUACCCAGUCUGGAUUUCAGACGCACAUCGGCUGUUUGGCCGAAAUGUCCUGCAGCUCCAGUCACUUAUUCAUUGGCUGAUGGGUACUUGGAGAAUUUAAGGGAAGAGGAAAUUGUAUCUACUCCUAUGACCGAAGUAUCUUCGGAUGUAAUCAAUACCAGUAAUUUAGAAGAGGAAUUCAAGUAUCCAGUUGACAAUACGUCUUAUGUUAUUCAAUCGGCAGAUAGCGUUGAACCUGUGGAAGUGGCCGACAAACCAAAACCGAUUAAAUUACGCAUCAAACGAGUGGAAAAUGAGGAAGAAGUUAGCACAACGAAUCUCAACGCUGUAAAUGAUAAUGUUAGAGCCAAAUCAAAACGUAUUAGAAAUCCAUGUACAAAACGUAAAUUCAUCGAGACAUCACCUCCGCCCACCAAGAAGAAAAGAUGCACCAAGAAAUCGGCUGCAAGUAAAUCAAAAGAGAAAAACGAAUCACCAUCGAUAUCAAAAAAGAAAACCGAACCUGUCGAAGAAUUCGAAUUCCCUUUCUCUACAACUGUUCAUCAAGACGAUGAUUUCGUUUACCCAUCGCUAGACCUAUCCGAUGACGAAGAAGAAGACGUAUACAGUUUCUCUCAAAGAGACGACGAAACAUGGACUCCUAAAAUCAAGAUGAAAAUCAACGAAGUGAAAACAUCGCGACCUACUCGAGAUAGGAAAACGAAAAGCGCCGUUGCCAAGUGUCUGGAAGCUGCAGCAAUGAAACGAGCCGAUGGUGAUUCAAUGGACGAAUCGAACAGACGAAAAAAAUGCGCUAAAAAGUGCCCCAAAAAGAAACUACCGCUGGCUACAACGAUUCACAAAAAAACCACGGCGUUUAUUCCAACGUCGACCGACUCGAUUCUAUCCAUAGAUAGCGAUGUCACUGGUGACUUGGUCAUCGACGACAGUGUGACCAGCUCGAGUCGCAAUUACACGAACCCAGAAUACAACGUGCCUUCUACUUCUUCCACUAUGCAUUCAACGCCAUCCUCGUCAUACAGCGGUCUCGAUCUAUUGAUUAAUUCGUCGACCAAUACCAGUCCCGAAUCAUCCUCAAAAAAACCUAAACUUACCAAAAAAGCUAGACCUGGACAGAAAUUACCUCGAGCUAAGAAUAAAACCAAGGUAGUGACGCCUAAAACUUGCAAACUGAUACAAACGCCUCCAAGCAGCUCCUCACCCUCUACUCCGGCCACUAACUUGGUGACUAAACGAAUUAAAAAUGACAGCAUGUGUAGUCCGUCGAGUAACAGUGGCACUGAGAAAAAGCACUCCAAUUCGUAUGUUACAAAGAGAGGUAAACUGAAAAAAGGAAUGGCGACGGCUAAACAACGCCUUGGCAAGAUAUUAAAAAUGCACAAGAUGUUCUUUUAAACCAAUUUCAGUGGCAAGCCUUAUUUUUUUCUCUUUAUUUUUCAAAAUGGGUAAUGCAAUGGCAACGUUGAAGUUUAAUCAAGUUUAAUUUCGUCUUUAUGCUUGGCCAUAUUUUCGUAUCUGUUUCUGCCUUUAUCUUUCUGUUGUUAGUAAUUUAUAUGUAACAAGGUAUUGCAGUAAUCAUAGGUACAAUGAUGCGAUUUUCUGGUGAGAUGGUUGAGUUUUGUUAUGUCUGUAUUUAGCUUUAAAACAAAUUAUAAAAUGAUGCAUUUAGAAGGAUGUAUUUAUCGUAAGUAUUAAUUUACUUAACAUUUUUAAUAGGUAUGUUUAAUUUUCGUUUUUUUUUAUUUCAUUGUUACAGUUUCCUAUACAUUGUUGAGGUAUUUAAUAAUAAUUUAUUUAAUUUUGACGAUUUGUACGCAGAAGUGCAUUUUUUUUUCGUUUUUUCUUUGUUCAAAGUUUUUAUUUUGUUUUUCAAAUUUGCUGUAUUGUGUGUGUGUCUCUCUCUCUCUAUUCUUCUUUAUUCUGUCUCAGUGUUAUUAAUUUAUUUUUUUCUUUAUUCUAAUACCUUAUUACAUUUUUGUCCUAAUGGUUUAGAAAUGAUGACGUACUUAAUUAUGACCUAUAUUUCAACUCAUGUUUGCAUUUGAGUGUGUCUCAAUGUGUGUAUUUCAGUGUUUAGUUUUAAGGCGUUCGUCGGCUCAGCAGGAGUAGCUGUGAUCAGGAAGUUAAAGGUUUCUUUUAAUCGGAUUACUUAAGAAUUUUGAUUUUUUUUUUCAAUUUGGAUAAAAAUGGCAAAGAGAUAGCUCUGGAGGUUGAUUAAAAUAUUAAUACCCACUUCUAGAAACUUCAGCUGCUUAGGUUAAUUUGAAAACACUUCCAUAAAUGGUGCCAUAAUUUCAAGCUUUGUGAUUUGUGUCAGGAAAAAUAUGCAAUUUCCUAUGCAACUAAGGAUUUAAAUGGAUGAAGAAUUCUCUGUAGAUCCUAGAAACCUGAAUUCCUGAUCACAGCUUCACUCCUUAGCUCCUCCGGCGAACAAAUUUUUCUCACUAUUUUAAAUAGUGCUUAGAAUUAAAUUUAUUACCUAACUCUGGAGUGAAAAUGCAUUUUUAAAAAAUGUUUUUGUUUUCCCUUGAAUAAUUAAUUUUUAAUUUCUUAUAUGUAUUUCAAAUCUUCGAAGAAGUUAGUUUAAAUUUGUUUUUUUUUUUUUAAAUUUCUAUCCUCGUAGAAGUUCUACUAGACAAUUGUUUACUGAAUUUUGAAAAAAAUUCAUAUCCCGUUUACCAUUUUGGACGGGGUAAAAACAAAAAAAAGAAAUCGAACAGUAUUAAAUUUUAAUGAUAGUGAUAUCAUUUACUUUAGGUAUUUAUUUGUGUCUCUCUAUUCACGUACUAGUUCGUUAAAUACGAGUGUGUUCUUGUUUGUAUUUGUACUUCAAGUAUUUGUUUGUACUUGGAAAGUGAGUAAAGAUGAAAAAAAAAGUACAAAAGUACUUUAUAAGAUAUUAAAACUUUUUCGUUACGAAACCGCAGUGCAAUUUAAUUGAAUAAGUUGGCUAAUUUUUUAAGGCUCUAUACCGUAAAAAAUUGAUUACUUUUGUACGCUUAAUUCAAGAAGAGUCGUAUAUGUUUGCAUUUUUUUCCUCUUUUCAGAUGUGUACGUUUAUUUUUUAUUAAUAUACUGUGUACUUUGAAAUCUA